GAGGAGUAUCCUAUAGUGUUACUGCAGGUCUGUAUGACCAGUGGGUGAUAUAAAGUACCUUUAGCUGGUUAUUAUGUAAAAAAUGCUCUUUAUUUGUGGUGUUAUUAAUUUUAAUGCUUAUUCUUAACUUUUGUGUCUCUUUUUUUUAACAAUGAUGAAAUUCAACAACACUACAAAUAUAAAAGACUUUGUUAUCGUCGGAUUCCCUGGACUUGCAGCUGAGUAUUAUGGCAUAGUGUCUUUCCUCCUCCUGCUGGUUUUCCUGUCCAUAGUGUUUGGAAACACCUUCAUCUUAGUUAUCAUCAUGUCUCACAGGACUCUGCGCAAACCGACCUACGUCAUCUUCUGCUACCUGGCCAUGACAGACCUCUCCUUUGGCCUGGUGACUCUGCCCAAAAUCAUCAGCAGAUACUGGUGGAACGACACCACCUCGUUAUUCGGACUCUGCUUUACACAGAUGUACUUUGUCCACUCCCUGGGGGCCAUUCACUCCUUGAUUUUACUCAUCAUGGCCUUGGACCGUUUCGUGGCUAUUUUGCUGCCCUUCAGAUAUUCUCUCUGGGUCACCAACAAAACAGUCAGCAUUGCUUGCAUCCUGACCGUUGUCGUUACGUUCAUCCGCAUGGUUGGCAUCGCGCUCCACGCCCUCAGCUUGCCGUACUGUGACCAGAACACCAUCGCGCACUGUUACUGCGAUCACAUAUCCAUCACUCAGCUGGGGUGUGGGGACAACGUGUCGUACGUCAAACUGGUUUCGUUGGGCACCGCAAUGUUCACACUGUUAUUUCCACUGACGUUCAUCAUCAUUUCCUACUUCUCCAUCAUCGUCGCUGUGUUGAAGAUGUCUCACACCGAGGGCGGCCACAAAGUCAUGUCCACCUGCGCCCCUCAGAUUUUUGUCACGUGUCUUUACUACGUGCCCAGAUGUUACGUUUAUCUCGUUCACAGCCUGGGGCUCAGGUUAAGCGCUGACCUCCGCAUCAUCAUCACCAUGAUGUACAGCCUGAUUCCUCCCGCCGUCAACCCCCUCAUCUACUGCCUCAAGACCAAAGACAUUAAAAACGCGUUGGGGCAGUUGUUUCUCAAAAGAAAAAUAGCCGCGACACACAGACUGCACGACAAGCACAAUGUCAAGUAACUUUAUAUGUUGUUACUGUGCAAUGAUAUGUUUUUUUUUCUCCACAUAAAACAUGUUUAAG